AUGGAGCUAGACACGGGAGCGGCUGUUUCCGUCAUGUCAAAGACGCAGUUCCGUCAGCUCUUUCCUUCGGCUGUACUGGAGCCUACGACAGUUAAACUUCGUACCUACACAGGAGCACUGGUACGACCCCAGGGAGUCUCUUCGGUCAACGUGCAGCACGGCGACCAUUCUGCAAUUCUUCCACUCUACGUCGUAGACCACAAGGGACCACCUCUACUGGGCUGGGAGUGGCUGCACGCAGUCCGGCUGGAGUGGGCGAAAAUCUGGAACCUGAACAACAUUACAAGGUCAGACACUCCUACUCAUAUCAGCGUAAAAAAGAGGCUAGACGCAUUGCUGGCGAAGUACCAACCCCUUUUCAAAGACGAGUUAGGCACGAUAACGGAAGAGCGCGCCGAACUUUUUCUUAAACCUGAUAUGAAGCCGAGAUUCCUAAAAGCCAGGAAUGUUCCGUUUGCGUUGCAAAAAGCUUUUGACGCUGAAUUAGCUAAAAUGGAACAGCUGGGAAUUAUAUCGCCGGUUACGAUGUCAGAAUACGCUAUGCCUGCGGUACCCGUAAUCAAGCAAGAUGGUAGCAUACGGAUUUGCGGCGACUACAAGACGACCGUUAACCCGUGCCUUGAUGUCGACCGCUACCCAUUACCGAAGGUAGACGACCUGUUCACAGCCUUGUCGGGAGGUAAGCACUUCUCGAAGAUUGAUCUCAACCGGGCCUAUCCGCAAGUGGUGAUGUCGGAGUCGUCAAAACAAUACCUCACGUUGAAUACGCAGAAAGGAUUGUUUGCUGUUAAUCGACUCGCAUUUGGAAUUUCGUCCACUCCCGGGAUCUUCCAAAGAAUAAUUGACACCAUGCUGAAGGGCUUACACGGGGUUUGCUGCUACCUAGACGACAUUCUGGUGACUGGUAAAAAUGACGAAGAGCAUUUUAUCAAUCUGGAGGCUGUGUUAAAACGACUUCUUGAAAGAGGCGUUCGUGUCAAGAAAGAGAAGUGUUCGUUUUUCCAACAGGACCUUUGUUACCUCGGACACAGAAUCGGCGCACAAGGCAUCUCGGCAACGACGGAGAAGGUUGACGCACUCCUCAAGGCUCCAGCCCCUACAGACAGGCAGCAGCUGCAGUCGUUCCUGGGAGUCGUCAAUUUCUACGGCAAGUUCCUUCCUAACCUAGCAACGGUGGCGCAACCAUUUUUCAGGUUGCUACGUAAAAACGCCCCGUGGUGCUGGGAUGAGUGUUGCCAGGAAGCGUUCACCAAGAUAAAGAACUUGCUAGCCUCUCCACCAACUUUGGCGCACUACGACCCGUGCAAACCAUUGCAGCUAUCAUGCGACGCAUCGCACUAUGGUUUAGGCGCGGUUCUUUCUCAUGUUUUGGAUGAUGUCAGCAAGAAGCCAAUCGCUUUCGCAUCGCGUACCUUGACCGAUGCCGAAAAGAAAUACAGCGAGCUUGAGAAAGAGGCCCUUGCAAUAAUAUUUGGUGUUAAGAAGUUUCAUUUCUACGUUUACGGCUGCAUCACGUUCGGGAUGCGAGUGAUCGUGCCGGCAAAGUUGCGCAACUUGCUGCUGGACGAACUCCACGAAGGGCACCCAGGCAUCGUGCGCAGCAAGGAACAGGCGCGCAGCUACGUGUGGUGGCCGUCCAUCGAGGCGGACCUCGAGAAUCGUGUCAAGGCCUGCCACCAUGGCAGCGCUUGCAUGUAG